AAUUCACACUCGUUGCUGUGCUUCUGUGUGUUGGAGGUGUUCUUUAAUCAGUAAACCAGAAGGGUGAAGAAGACGAACAGAGCAAAAACUAAGAAUGGAUGGACUGAGGAAGCUAGAAAAUGUACAGAAAAUUAUACAAAUGAUGGAGUCUCACGGUAUCGUUAGUUCUUCUAGCAACACCCAUAAUGCCAGCUCUCUUCGUUUUCUUGCUGAUGUAGUCCUUCUUUUGGUAUCGCGAUGCUGUGAACUUGACAUUGGUGCCAAGUGCCAAUUGAUUAUUGACCAUGUGCCAAAGUUUUCACAUGCUUUCCUUGAGGAAGCAUUGCAGUGUGCUAGUGAGCAAGGUGUUGAACAAAUGGAAAAUACCGGUCCACUUGAUUGUGGUGAUAAGAUUAUACCGGAUCCAUCUAAAAUGGGAUCCGAAGAUAUGCCAAUGAUUGGACUUGAUGCUAUGCAACGAGCUAAUUCUACAUUAGAAGAUUUUUGCAGGUCUUAUUUUAUGUUUCACAAAAUGGAUCCUCACCAACCUCAGUCUAUGUUCAGAUACCUACCAAUACUUUCAUUUACUGAAAGUUACAUUUAUCAGUUGGAUAAUUUAAAUGAGAAACUGCUGCAGCCAUCAGUGAGGAAGGUUCAAUUGUCAUAUCGUGAAUACAGUGUGGAAGAAAGCUGGGAGCUUACAUAUGUGAGAAUGAUGACCAAUGAUCCGUUUAGACCUCUUUCUAUUUUACUUCAGCAGCAUGGGCUUUUGACAGACAGGGUAAGAGAAGAGUUUAGUAGUGGAACAGAAUAUUGGUCUCUGGAGAGAAAGCUGUGUCAUGCACUUGGGAGUAAACAAGAGAUUUCAGUUGAAGAUGUCAUGAAGGCAAUUCAUCUGAAGUCCUUUGAUUACCGGGUGCUGAAUCUUCUGUUGUAUCAACUGAGAGAUGAAAAGGUCAAUGAUAUGCAUAUGGAAUUUUUGACAAUAUCGGAGUUCCUUGUGGAGAUAUCCGAUGACUUGUUUGAUUAUGAGGACGAUGUACUAGAGAAUAGUUUCAAUAUUCUGCGCAUGUUCAACGGAAUUUAUGGGGCUUCUGCAGCACCAACCAUGCUGGCAAAUGUUAUAACUGAAGCUGAAGAGAAGUAUGAUAGUCUUUUGAAAGCUCUUGAUCCCGAGCUCUCUCUGAAGUAUCAGAAGAGAUGUGAAGAAGCUACUAAAGAAGGCGGGAAAACGUCAGGUCCAUCUCUUGGAACAUGGAGUAUACCUUCUGUUAUUGAAGACGAGGAACUAUAUCGAUCUGAUGUUUUGAAUUCGAAGCCAUCACAGAAUACUCGACAACAUUCAAGCCCUACCAGCCAGAAACCACUAAAAUGGCAGCUGAAACAAUGUAAAUCUGCAUAAACGAAAACAAAAAAAGACGAUCUGGAGGUUAGCAUCUAAUCCUCCCCAUCUACCAUCAUAGAAGCCUCCCUAUUUGUCUCUUGAUCCCUCAUUCCACUCGAAGAGGGGCUCGCGUCUGAUUAGCUAGCUGGGUAGUAUUAUUCAAGAUUGUUACUUUAUGUUCUACUUCUAAACAACAACAAACCUAGUGUAAUCCUACGAGUGACUUAUGUUCUACAACUCUUUAUCAAAAAAGAAAAAAACACUAUGUCAUUUCUUCCUCCCUUCUGCCUAAGCCUUGGCGACGGAGUCACCAAGUACCUGUAACAUGUACCCGGUAGAAUAGUCAAGGUGCACGACAAGCUGACCAAGACACCACCAUCUGAAGAAAAAAAGAUUACAUUUAUUGAUCAAAAAAGGUGAAAAAAGAUUGCUACUUCAUGUUCUAAAACUAGGAGUUAUGGUAUUUUGAACAUUUUUUCUUUUUAAGGGUUGUUUUCUUGCACUGUUGUACAUUACUUAUUUCGUUGUGGUGGACACAGAUUAUGGUACAAGGUUACAAAAUGCUUUGUCAUGGUUUCUUCACUUCCGGUAUUUCUGACCUGUUUUGAUAUGCAUUUUCUCUAUCGGAAA